UCGAAACAAUAACAAAAACAUGGCGGGAAACAGAACGCUUGAACAGGUUCAUACCAUAGCAGAAUUAGCCAAACUCGACUUGUCCGACUUAUCACCGAAAUGUCAAUGUCUGUAUUUCGGAUCGGAUCUCAAUGCGGCCGACAUGGUUCUCAUGGAAGUAGAAAACUCCAUCCUCAAAUCCCUCGAAGAAGGAAAGAGUAUCAUCAUUCGUGGUGAGAAAUCUGACAGUGCAGUCCUGUGUCUAGAUGACAAGACAUAUGACAUUAAGGAAGCGGAAACAUCAAAUACUCUACUAAUGCUCCCUGACUGCUCCACACCGGAAAGUUUUGAAGACGGAAAGAAACAAAUCAUCAACAGAUAUGUGACAGGAGUAGCCAAGUCCUACUAUGAGGUCAAGAAGAUGAUCCCUCGGCUUCGGAAACUGCGCACGCUUCUUGAGGAGUGUCCAUACAACGGGGAGAUGUACGAGGAAGACGCUGAGGGGAACAGGUACACCAUGGAUCACAUCUUAGACACAGUGCAAGCGAGCGAGACAGAAACCAGGGAAGAACUGAGGAAGCUGAGAGCUUGUUGCGUCAACGGUUUCUGGAGAAUGUUACAUUUCGACUAUGAGUGCCAAGUACUGAGUCAUAUUUUGUCGCUCAUUGAGGAGAACUCAUGGACAUUCCAUAAGAUUCCUCUGAGGGAGACGUUAAGUACACUAGAGAACCUUGAGCCAAGAGCUAUUUUAGAGCACUGCUUGGACUGCUUUGCAGAUAGACUUGAAAGACGCGAGGACGAUGAAGAGGACGAGAUAUUUUACUGUCUUAAUGAGGACACAGUUUGCCAGCUUUUUGCAGAGAUGCUUCUCAGACCAGCUGAAAAGUUUAAUUUUGCUGAAUUUCUGUUGUCGUGGCAACAGAGCGUACCAGAAGGAAUGACGACCGGAUUGCAUCAGUUACAGGGGGUUGCCUUGAUUGACAAGUCCAGCAAGCCAGAGGUUAUCUUUCAUUUUCCACUCUCGUCAACACCGGAACACGAGGCAGACAGGUUCAACUUCCUGUUUAAGACCAGGGAAAGAUGGACACAGGAGGAAAUUCAUCCGUACAUUGGGGAUUUGGUAACAGAGAAAUUGUCCGAGGGAGCUUUGCUUAUGAAGUACUGUAGGGCAUCUGCUGGUGUUAAUGGGAUAACAGUAUACAACUCCAAAAGGCCAAUCAAGUAGCUGCAAUUCUUAGAGAUGUGAAAGUGCUUGACUGUCAACUUCCACCUGAUUUGAAAACGGAACAGUAACUUCCCUUACGGAACUUCAAUUAUGAUGUGGAAGUGAGGUGGCCGAGCGGUUUAGAGCACUCUGGUGUUUCUAAUCAGCGGAGUGUCCCGUGUGUUGUGUAGCGCAUGUAAAAGAACCCAGUGCACUUAUCGAAAAGAGAAGAGGUUCGCCCUGGUGUUCCUUGCUGAGGCUGCUGAAUUUGCCACAGCACCUGUAUAAAGUGUAUAUACUAAGCGCCUUGAGUACCUUGUUGGUAGAUACAUGCGCUAUAUAAGACUUUGAUAUUAUUGUUAUUAUUAUGUGGACAUUUCUGUGGUCACUAUGCAGGAAACGUGGUCACUGGGCAGUAGGGUUGGCAUACUGGUAUCUUUCCUCAUUUGCCACCUCUAGGACCCUGGUUCGAAUCCUGCUAGGGAGCACUUCGUGCAAUGAGAUAUCAGGCCGAGAUAGGACAUGUUAUGUUCACUUACAUACAUAGGAGGGCCUAUGCCUUAGAAACUUUUAGUCUUGAAAUGGGAAAAAACGCCCUCAAUUUACCCACAAAAUUAAUGAUCUUAUCAUAAGAAACCAAAUUUCUUUUUAGUUAGGCUGUUUUGUCAUGGCCGCUCAGUGCAAAGCACUUUUGUUGUUGUUGAGGGUUCUUUUGUUUCUUCAACCCAGAUAAAUGUGACAUAUUAUUGUAACAAUAAAAUUUAAUGAAAUGAAACAUGAGAAUUUUUUUUUCGAUUUCCGUAAUUUUCUUUUUGUUUUUUGUUUAAUUUAUACAUGAUUAUUGUAAAGGUUUUUGCAAAAGUGAACCAAACGCUGCACAAAUUGUGAAUCCAUUUGACCUGGGGUGGAUUCCACAAAGGUAGUCCUAACUUAGGACUAGUCCUAGGCAAUGCUAAGAGAUAGGACCAGUCCUAAGUUAGG